AUGGCUAGUGACGAUGAAACAAGUUCGGCUGCUAACACCGCGGCCAAUGGAAAUGGGAACCCGCCGGCGACUCUCGAUUCGCCAACGGCGGCCAAUGGCAACGGGAAUCCGCCGUCGACUCCCGAUUCGCCAACUUCUGCUGGAUUUAACACCGAUCAGCUGCCUUUCAACACCAGUCAGAACUAUACCGACGACGACGAAGCCUCUGUCGACCCUGAAAUCAUUCGAGAUGAUCCUGUUGACGGUAUUGACGACGAAGAGGAAGAAGGGGAGGACCUUUUCCACGACAAUUUCAUGGAUGAUUAUCGGAGGAUGAACGAGCAGGACCAGUACGAGUCAGUGGGGCUAGACGAUUCGAUGGAGGAUGAGAGGGAUUUGGAUCAGAUAAUGGCGGACCGUAGAGCAGCCGAGAUGGAACUCGAAGCCAAAGAAGCUCGAUUUUCUCAGCGCAAGCUUCCACAACUUCUCCAUGAUCAAGAUACUGAUGACGACAAUUAUAGGCCAUCAAAAAGAACCAGAGCUGACUUUAGGCCUCCAAAUGAUAGUGAUGGAAUGCCGAGUUCACCAGGCCGAUCACAGCGGGGUAAUUCUAGGGAAGAUGUGCCAAUGACUGAUCAGACAGAUGAUGACCCUAAUGAGGAUGAAGACAAUGAUGAAGGCGAGUUUGAGAUGUACCGGGUUCAGGGAACCCUUAGGGAAUGGGUUACUAGAGAUGAAGUUAGGCGUUUCAUUGCGAAGAAGUUCAAGGAAUUCUUGCUCACGUAUGUCAACCCAAAGAGCGAGCAUGGGGACUUUGAAUAUCUACGGCAGAUUAAUGAAAUGGUCUCUGUUAACAAGUGCAGCCUUGAGAUUGAUUACAAACAGUUCAUCUAUAUACAUCCGAAUAUUGCUAUCUGGCUGGCAGACGCACCCCAGUCUGUCCUUGAGGUUAUGGAAGAGGUAGCCAAUAAGGUUGUUUUUGACUUGCAUCCAAAUUACAAGAAAAUUCAUCAAAAGAUUUAUGUACGCAUAACCAACUUACCAGUUUAUGAUCAGAUACGCAAUAUUAGGCAGAUCCAUUUGAAUACCAUGAUUCGAAUUGGGGGAGUCGUCACUCGACGUUCUGGUGUCUUUCCACAGUUGCAGCAAGUGAAGUAUGAUUGUAACAAGUGUGGAACGAUUUUAGGGCCAUUUUUCCAGAAUUCAUAUUCGGAGGUGAAAGUUGGUUCUUGUCCAGAGUGCCAGUCAAAGGGACCAUUCACUGUCAAUGUUGAACAAACUAUAUAUAGGAACUACCAGAAACUUACACUUCAAGAGAGCCCUGGGAUUGUGCCUGCUGGUCGACUCCCAAGAUACAAGGAAGUAAUACUGUUGAAUGAUCUCAUUGAUUGUGCCCGACCUGGGGAAGAGAUUGAGGUGACAGGGAUAUAUACAAACAAUUUUGACUUGUCUUUGAACACGAAGAAUGGGUUUCCUGUCUUUGCUACUGUAAUUGAAGCAAAUUAUGUAACAAAGAAGCAGGACCUCUUUUCAGCUUAUAAGCUUACCCAGGAGGACAAAGAAGAAAUUGAGAAGUUGGCCAAAGACCCAAGGAUUGGAGAACGAAUUAUUAAGUCCAUAGCCCCAUCAAUCUAUGGUCACGAGGACAUAAAGACUGCAAUAGCUCUUGCAAUGUUUGGAGGCCAGGAGAAAAAUGUUGAGGGGAAACACCGAUUGCGUGGGGACAUAAAUGUACUCCUGAUGGGUGAUCCAGGCACUGCCAAGUCCCAGUUCCUCAAGUAUGUUGAAAAGACUGGACAAAGGGCUGUUUAUACAACUGGAAAAGGAGCCUCUGCUGUAGGACUCACAGCAGCAGUGCACAAGGACCCGGUCACACGAGAGUGGACCCUUGAAGGAGGGGCACUUGUUCUGGCCGAUAGAGGGAUAUGCCUUAUUGAUGAGUUCGAUAAAAUGAAUGAUCAGGAUAGGGUAAGUAUUCAUGAAGCAAUGGAGCAGCAGAGCAUAAGCAUUUCGAAAGCUGGGAUUGUAACUUCUCUCCAGGCCCGCUGUUCUGUCAUUGCUGCUGCAAAUCCUAUUGGAGGAAGAUACGAUUCCUCAAAGACAUUUUCACAAAAUGUGGAGCUGACAGAUCCCAUCAUUUCCCGCUUUGAUAUUCUCUGCGUUGUCAAGGAUGUGGUUGACCCAGUCACUGAUGAGAUGCUAGCAAAGUUUGUAGUUGAUAGUCAUUUUAAAUCACAACCUAAAGGUGCUAAUUUGGAUGAUAGGUCGGUGGCCAAUUCUCAGGAUGAUUUUCAAUCUUCCUCUACACAAACAGAUCCUGAGAUAAUUCCUCAAGAAUUGCUAAAGAAGUACAUAACAUACGCCAAGCUGAAUAUAUUUCCAAGGUUGCAUGAUGCAGAUUUAGACAAGCUCACUCAAGUUUAUGCUGAAUUACGGAGAGAAUCUUCGCAUGGACAAGGAGUUCCCAUUGCAGUGAGGCACAUAGAAUCAAUGAUACGGAUGUCUGAAUCCCAUGCAAGAAUGCAUCUUAAACAGCAUGUCACUCAAGAGGACGUGGACAUGGCUAUUCGCGUUCUGCUGGACUCAUUCAUUUCAACCCAAAAAUUUGGUGUGCAAAAAGCUUUGCAGAAGAGCUUCAAAAAGUAUAUGACGUACAAAAAGGAUUUCAAUGCUAUUGUUUUGCACCUUCUGCGUGGACUUGUGAAGGAUGCACUGCACUUUGAAGAAAUCGUGUCUGGUUCCACUGCAAAUCUCACUCAUAUUGAUGUAAAAGUGGAAGAGCUUCAAUGCAAGUCUCUUGAUUAUGGGAUCACUGAUCUGAUGCCGUUCUUUAGUAGUAUGGAGUUUGCUAGAGCUAACUUCGUGCUGGACGAGGGACGGGGUACAAUUAGGCAUCACCUUGCGCACUGA